CGGUGAAUGUCGCUGCAAUGGGGCGUGACGCCGCCGCUUACGCUUGACACGGCGACCGAGGGCGAGAAGGCGCUGUCGCGGGCGCUGCGGGAGGAGCUUGUGGCGCGAGGCCAGUUUGAGCCCGAGGCCCAUGCGCGGCUGCGGCAAAAGGUGAUCGGCAAGCUGAACAAGAUGGUGAAGGAUUGGGUGAAAGAGACGCUGCUGGCCAAAAAGCAGCCGCCGUCUGUGGCGGCAUCGGCCGGGGGCAAGAUCUUUGCCUACGGCUCGUACCGGCUCGGCGUCUGCACCGAGUCGUCGGAUAUUGACACGCUCUGCGUCCUGCCACGCGACGCCACCGUCGACGACUUUUUCAAGACCUUCAAGGCGCGGCUGGAGGCGCGGCCCGAGGUGACCGAGCUUGUGGCGGUUCGCGAGGCCGUUGUGCCCAUCAUUAAGAUCGUCUUUGCCACCAUCCAGAUCGAUCUCAUUGUGGCCUCCCUCUCUAUGUCAGCCAUCCCAGACACGCUCCAGCUCGACAACGACAUGGUGCUGCAGGGCAUGACCGACUCGGGCGCGCGCACGCUCAAUGGCUCGCGGGUGACCGACAAGAUCCUCAAGGUCAUUCCGGAUCCGGCCCCAUUCCGGCUCGUCCUCCGCGCCAUCCGGCUCUGGUCCAAGUCACGGCUGCUGUACGGCUUUCUCAAAGGCUUCUUCAACGGAAUCACGCUCGCCAUCCUCGUGGCGCGCGUCUGCCAGCUUGUUCCCUACGGGGCGCCGGCCAAGAUCAUCUCGAUGUUCUUCAAGCUGUUCAAGGAGUGGAACUUUCGCAAGAACCCGAUCCGCCUCGUCCCGGCCCAAGACUCGAUGCUCGGCCUCACGCAGUGGGACCCGACCAACUACCGCGACCGCGGGCACCUCAUGCCGGUUCUCACGCCGGCGUACCCGUCGCUCAACGCCAACACAAACAUCACGCGCUCAACAAUCGAGAUCAUCCGGGCCGAGUUUGAGCGCGGCGAGGAGAUUGUCAACGCCGUCUACGCCGGGCAGGCGAGCUGGGGCAAGCUCUUUGAGCCGCCGCGUUUCUUUAAGAUGUACCGCACGUUUUUCAUGAUCACAGCGUACGCGGCCACGCCCGAGGCCAUGGGCGUGUGGCAUGGCUACGUCGAGUCGCGCCUCCUGCGCGACUUUGUCAUGAAACUCGAGAACGAGCUCCAGAUCGAGGCAGUCCACCCGUACACAAAGGAGUUUGAGAACGUCAUUCCGGGCGAGGAUCGCCAGAACUGCGUCUUUUUCGUCGGCGUCCAGUUUGCCGAGGAUCUGCUCAAGCGCCGCAACAAACGCAUCGAUCUUGGUGCGCCGGCCUUUGCCUUCCAGAAGCGCCUCUCCGAGUGGCCCGACCGCUCGUCGGACAUGACCAUCGACAUCCUCCCGCUCAAGCGCAAGGAUCUCCCGCCGUUUGUCAAGGAGCUGAUGAAGGCUCGCCGGAAGGCCGAAAAGUCAGCGGCCAAGGCUGCCGCAGCGGCCACCGCUGCUGUCGCUGCGCCUCCUGCUAUCGCUGCACAGCCGCCUCCUGCGCCGAAGCGCCCGCUGGACGAGGCGCCGGCCGCCGCACCGGCUAAGAAACAGAAGAUGCUCGAGUAGAGGCUCGAUCAAGUGAGCAGUGGGCAGUGAGCAGUGGGCAGAUGGCAGGGGCCGAUGGCCAGUGGGCAGUGCUGGGUAAACGCUGUUAUUGUGACGC